AAGUCAGUGUUCUCCUAGUGCUGGUGUGCUCACAUUACACAGGAAUAUUUUCAUCUUCACAAAUGGCACAAAGUGGAUUUGCUGCUUUCCUCCUUUUCCUUGGUCUGGUUGUUUCUAAUGUUUAUGGAGAAAAUGCCACCCUGUGUGAAACAAUAUUGAAUGCCACAUUAAGCAAUACCAGUCUUCCAGAUUUUAACCUGACAGUGUCCCCUGCUAAACUCUCCAACAAUACAGUUUACCAAGUUGAAUUGCAUGGAACUGGCAAUUUCACAGUCCUUUUACAAGCAGUUACUCUGUCCAGUCCAGUAGGAAAAUGGUCCCCAGAAAAUAACAGCUGUAAUGGAAGUCUCUUGUCUAUUGACCAUUUCCUAACCAACAGUUCCCUCAACAUUACAUGGACUUCACCAGAAAAUGUUACAAGUGUUACAAUUAAUGCUUAUAUACACAAUGAUACACUUACUUUCCUUUUACAACAAACACUAAGCCAAGAGGCGGUUGCUAAUACAACAACUGAAGCACCAACUACUGCUCACAAAACAGAAAGCACUAAAGUCACUGUUUCAGUUACAACAUCAAAUCAUGUACAGCAAACCACAGGGGCAGGUUCCAUAGCACAAUUCAGUCUUGUAUCUCUGGCUUUAAGUGUGAUCUUCGGCUUGCUUCUGGUUCCCAGCAACUACCUCUCCUAAUGGACUUCAUGCCGCAGGACAUUUAAUGGACUUUUACAUUUUUUUCCCUUCCAAUCAAAUCAUGUUGAUUCUUUCAUAAAAAAAACAGAUACAGAUUCUAAUAUUUAAUCUAACUAUACAUUAAACAUGUAACAAUAGCACUCUAACAAGUUCAUAGGACUUGACUGAAGUACAUUUUGGAGUCUUGUGUCACAUAAAAUGUAUAGCAGGCAAAUAAAUUGAGCAAACCCAUAUUGCACUAUGGUGGGUGAUGUGGCCCUUUUAUAUUUGCAUUAAGCAGGUUUUAGAAGAUCACAAAAGUUAUGGCCUAUGGCUUUAAUAUCAGUUCAGUGGGAGUACAACACGCCACCACUGCCAAACAGCUGUUAGAUGGGGCUAUGCACACUAGAUCAAGCGCUGCAGUCUCAUCAUUGUAUACAUGGCUCUAUACAUCUGUACGCCAUGCAUUGAGUAGAGACUGUGCAGUUGACUGCAGACUUCUGUUAUUGAGAGCAACUACUAAGUUAAUGGUAUUCCAGUGUACAAAGCCAUGAAAACAAUGAAAAGGCUAAAGUUCUUAUCAUGAUUGGCUUUCAAACAGCUGGUGGGUUUACUAGGUAUAGACCAAUAAAUACCAAUAACUACAAUAGUAUGUAUCAAUUGUGGCUUAUUAAAAAAUCCAUAAAUAUUAGCAAUGUCCAAUCCAUGCUAGUGCUUGUCCAACAGGGCUUCAUAGCAAAGGCCUCCAUCUCUACUAAGCAUAUUUAGAGACGUUUAAGUACCCCUACUUUUCCAGAAGUUGUAGCCAUACAUGGAAUGUUUAACAUGGCCAUUGACACACUUAAUAAGAGUGCCCCUAUUUUUUCAGGAUUGUUUCACUAAACAGACAUAAUUUGCAUUGGAUUAGGGAAGUAAGUUAAAGGGAACCUGUCCAUUAUGCAGACAUCAUAUUAUAAAGCAGCUAACACUGAGCAGAUUGAUAUAUCAUUUUGUGGGAAAAGUUCCAGAAUAAUUCAUUAUUUCUUGUGUAAAUCUCUGCUCAUUCUGGGAAUAAGCAGUCAUGUGGGCGGUCCUACUCAGUGAUUUACAGCUAUAUGUGUCGACAAGUGUCCACGCAGAGAACUAUUAAUCAGUAGGACAGCCCAAUUGCAUUUUUAGCCCAGAAUGAGCAAAGAAUCCAAGUGGGCAGUCCUUCUCAGCUCUUUCUACAUGUACACUUAUACACAGAUAGGUGUCAAUCUCUGAGCAGGACAGCCCACUUGACUGCUUAGAAUGAGUGAGCAGAGAUUUACAUGGUAAAAUGACAACUCAUCCUAGAACUUUUCCCAAUAAAACAAUUUAUCAAUCUGCUCUAUAACAUGCAGAUUGGACCAUGCUAUCCAAUCCUAAAGCGAACAAGGAGGGGGACCGUUUUCAUUUUAAUAGGUACUUACAUAGUUAACAAUUACAUUAACAUGAUCUAAAGUGAUAGGAGGUGCUCUACCCCAAGUGCAGUUGUGCACCUACGUUGGAGUGGAGGACCUGCACUUUUGGACCACAAUUUGGAUUCACUCCUGUGGUAAAUGUAAACAAUGACAUUGGCUAGUAUAUCCUUAUAUGAAAGACAUAGGUGAGCCCGCACACCACGCCAAGGUUUCUCAAAUGGUACGGGACCAAACACUAAACCUACCUGGCCAGAUAACUAAAACCAGGAACCAAAAUUACAGUAGCCUUAGGUCAGACUUGCAGACUGCUCCCCAGUUACCUCCAGUGUGGACUAGGCACACAUACAAUGGGAGGGAGGAGACAGGCUACAAGCCCCACCCUGGUGGGUUCAUUUACAGCCAGCCUCACAGGUGAAGCUAUAAUGCUACCCUUAGUUACAUAGUACUAAUACUGUAUGCAUACUAUUAGAGGCCCUUCUCCAUACAGUUCAUGCCUCUUCCAAAUAUUACUAUUUGCUGUAAAAUAUCUCAGCCCUGGCAUCUUCACUUCACUGCCAAACUAUAAUUCAAUGCAAAUUGUAAAAUACAUUUAUUUAGGAAUGCUGUAUGAAUAUUUGCACAUAUUUUUCAUUUUAAAUUUCUACAUCAUUGUUAUCAUUGUAACCUAUACUCUUUAAUGUAGAAAAUAGUACAGCAAAUUGCAAGACAAAUAUAAGUAUAUUUUCUUAGCUUUUUUUCCAUGCCGUUUACUUGUAUUGUUUAUGUGCUUGGUUAAAUAUUAAGCCAAAUAAUGGCCUCUGUGUUAGUGGGAACACUGAAAGCUUCUGCUUCCAGGAAUGAUCACCAACAUAGUUAACUAGUUGUUAUUACAUUUUUAUUAAUGGAUAAAAUAUUUGACCACAGAUAUAACACACAUGUAUGACGCUAAUAUAUUUACGUUAAACAAGGAAAAAUGGCAUGUAUUACUAGAUGAUUUAUUAUUUUUUCUUUAGGUUCUGUCACUGAGAAUGUCAGUCUGUAUGGAGCAGUAUAUAGUUAAAUGUUAACCAUGCACUGCUCCCGGCGUGUACACAAGGAUAUUAUAUCACUCACCCUUGUCCACCUAUGCCGCUUGUUCAAAUGAAAAAUCCAGGUGUCUUUGCUCAAUUACAUACUACUUAGAUAGGAAUAUGUUUUUUUCAAGCUUCUUCUCCCAGUGUGGUCCAUACUUUACCAUCAACACCGAAAGAUACAAAUAGGAAAUUAGUGCUGAGCUGCCAAAUGCAUCAAGUGUUUGUUCAACAGGCAGGUGGGACUGAGUAAUACGAUCUUAGUAUCUGCUAUGAGCAUAAUCACAGUACAUACUGUAGUUUACACUGACAACUGCACAGCUAACCCUACUAACAGGAA